GUGAACACCGUUGUCUCUGGGCGAGCUAUGACAUGAUUGGCACGGCAUGGUCCAAGUGGCAGCAACACCAUGUUCGCUCUUUCUUAAACCUGUCAAGUCCACAUCUUUUACUUCGCCUUCGUGCGCUUCUGUCUCUCUCAUCCGAUUCUUUAACCCAAUAAACUUUUUCUCUACACUCUUUUUUACAUUGACUUUUGCAGUAAAAUAUGUCUGAGCAACCUCCCCAGCCAGGCCCCCAGCCUGGGCAGAUUCCCAUGCCGCAACCUGGGCAGCGACCUACACCCGAGCAGAUCCAGGCAAUGCAGCGCCAACUCGCCAUUGAUGCUGAGAAGAACGGCAUGACUGUCCCUGAAUUUAUCGAGCAUAUCAAGAGACAAGCGCAAGAGCAAAUGAGAAUGCGCGCACAACAGCAACAGCAAGGUCAUGAUCACGACCACGAUCACAACGGUCAUUCUCAUGAUCACGGUCAACCUCCCCAGCAGGGUCGCGCCCAGCCUAUUACGCCGGGACCCCCCAACCCCAAGGCUAUUGCUCUUGCCUCGUUCCUCCGAGGCCAGGAUCUCAAGCCCAGAACUGUGAUUCUGAACGGCGAGCGAAAGGACAUGUUUCGAGUCAAGCGAGCCCUCCGAGCUCUUCAGUCCCCCGCAUAUGAGAAAGCCCGCAAGAAGAACCCUCUUCUCCCAGAAAUCACCGACCGAGCUUCUCUCGAGAACACCUUCAAGCUGCUACCCCUGAGCAUGCUUGCCCUCCGAGUUUCCAAGGUCGAGCCACAGGCAGGCCCUAACGGAAAGAAGCCCAAACGUGUUAAAGGACAGUGGACUGUCAAGAUUGAGCAGCAACAAGAGGCAAAGGACGAUAUGUACUACUGCUGGCUGUGGGAAGGUAGCCAGCUCAAGCGCAAGAUCUACGCUGGUCUUGCACUCCUUGCUAUCUUCGCUAUCGUCUUGUACCCUCUGUGGCCUCUGGUGUUGCGCCAGGGUGUCUACUACCUCAGUUGGGGACUCCUUGGUCUGCUCGGACUGUUCUUUUUGAUGGCCAUCUUUCGUGUUAUCCUGUUCUGUAUCACCUACUUCACUACACCACCUGGCCUAUGGCUAUUCCCCAACUUGUGGGAGGACGUUUCUUUCAUGGACAGUUUCAGACCCGUUUGGGCUUGGCACGAGACCGAGAAGAAGAAGAAAAAGAAGAAGUCUGCUGCCCCUGGAACCACCCCCAACCCCGCCUUCGCAGCCGCCACUGGUCAAGUUAACACGAGUGCGACUACAACUGGUACGGAUACUCAGGUCAAGACUGGCGAUGUGCAGCAACGGCACUACGAGGCCCCAAGAGUUGAAGAGCUCGAUGACGAUGAGUAGAUGGCAUCUAAAAGUGACCUUGGGUGAUGGCGUUUUUUUGGGAGUUGUAAUAGUAUCGUGGAUCUUCCGUGUAGUGUGGAAAGCAAUCAAAGCGGUUUCUUUUUUGUAUGAGAUUUUUCCAAUUAUACAGGCAUGUACAAUGCCAAUUUUGUCGUGAAAUGUUCAUAUCUUGGAUGGAUAUCUAGAAAACAAACCGAAGCACCCCGCCAGCCAUAGUCCAUGAUAAGAACAGCAAUAUCGAGUCGCCUCGUUUUCCUCCAAUGAAGGGAAUUUUCUACAGCACUUUUGAAUAGUCGAUCCUUGUCAAUGACAGGAGCUCGAUACACUUGACCCCUCCAUGAUAGCUAGCUCCUCAGGACUGCAACGUUAGAUGUUUCCAAAAGAAGGUACCGCCCUUGAGUUCUCCAUUUGGACUUAGACCAUAUUUUGGGAUCUGGCCAAGCUCGACAUAACCAAACUUUUUAUACACCUCUUCUGCUGGGCUUCCGGUCUCUGUGUCGAGAAGCUAAGCAGUUGUUAGUUAUCGGGACUUACAUGCCGAAGAGCUAACGUUAGUAUAGUUACGAUGGACAUUGAACUUACCAGAAUAGUUCGACCACGCUUGGUCGCUUCAGCUUCGAGGGCAGAAAUCAAAGUUCUGGCACCACCUCGACCGCGAAAAGCUUUAUGGACGAGAAGCUUUUCAACGACACCGCGGAAUGGGCCAGUUUCUGAAGAGGGCAUAUUUAGCAUGACAACGCCCACCACAUCGGAACCGUUCGGCCGAGCUCCGGGUUCGCAGUCGUUCAGGAGAAUGAAUAUGAGCCGUUUUCCGUCUGCCACCUCUGCAAUUCGCUCUUUCCACCAAGCAAGAAGUUUCUCGUGAGAUAGGGGCGGGAGGAAUUCUGCGAUAGUUCGGUCGUGAGUGAUACAGGAGGCAUGAAUGGCUGCAAGAUAGGGUAUCAGGUGCCCAUGCUGCCCUGGCGAGAAGAGGGCCACUGUUCCUGAAGCUGUCAUGUUGAGAAUAUCUUGUUGAUUGGAAGAGCUUAUGUCGAGAGUCUUGAGUUUAAGUGGUUCCAAGAGAGUAAGUUGUGUCUCAGUGUACAAUGCUUCCUUGUCAUAUAAGCAUCUGCAGGAUUGGAGACCAUGUAUCCAACCGCAAUGGAUAUUUGAAUUGAUCAGUGAAAUACCGGUCAACGCUGGCGUAGCAAUUCUGUACAAGGCUUGACUUGUUAGGCAACCCGAUGAGGGGAGAUAACUUAUGGGUGAUCCGAUUUAGGAGCUCGAACCCGGUGCAAGCUAGUAGUAGUAGUAGACUUACUUGAAGAUUUUAAACUU